AAAUGGAAAAUUCCCACACGUGCAUGGAGAAAUGAUCAUGUGCAUUUCCAAACGUAAUUAAAAAUCCUGGUGGGUAAAUCACAUACGCUGAUCACAAAAAUGCUAGAUUAAGAUAAACGGCGAAGCGAAUCCCACAUCAGAUUUAUCAGCCGGAUCUAUUUUCUUCCUUUCUUUUAUCAACUGCGCGUCUCUUCUAGCAACGGCUGCUCCUUUGCAGAGUGCAGAACCGAAGAACCUACCAUUCUCUGCUGGUCUUUUUUAUUACUCUUGGAAUUUUUCCUAUAUGAGUGUCAGCUUUCCUCAUUUCACGCCUUACAGAAAUACAAUUAGGGUUAGGGAUCUAACCUCUCUUUCGCAGCGGCUGACAACUCAGUCAUUGACUUGGCUCAGCACAAACUCCAUGAGUCAGUCCAAUUCCGAGUCAGAGGCAGCUAAAGGAGAGAUUCCGUCUGAGGAUGUAUUGGUGCAAUAUGUGGUGUUACGGAGAGACUUAAUAGACGCAUGGCCAAUGGGGAGCGUGGUGACACAAGGAUGCCAUGCCUCUGUUUCUGCAAUUUGGGGAAACAAGGAUGAUCCUCACACUCUUCAGUAUUGUAGCCCUGAAAACAUUGAUUCUAUGCACAAGGUUACUCUUGAAGUGAAAGGAGAAGUCCAGAUGCUGAACUUGGCAGAGAAGCUCACUGCUGGAGGCAUUGUUCAUAAGCUGUGGAUUGAGCAACCUGAAAACAUUCCUACCUGUCUUGCAACCAAACCUUAUCCUAAAUCUACUGUGGCUUUGUUCUUCAAGAAGUUAAAACUCUGCAGGUGAUGUAUCUAUUUGCACCAUCAAAUGAUUUGCUAAGAUUCAUGAAUUGGCAUUGUAAAAUUCUGAAUAGACAUAUCAUUUUAUGGGUUUGUUGCCACUUCUUUGGAACCAAGUGCUUUCAGUCCUCUUAGCUAAAUCCUGAAUCCUGAUGUCAGGAACUGUACAGAGAGCUUUGGGCAAUAUUUAGAAUUGUCAAGCCCAAGUCAAAAUUCGAAAUGACAAAAAAUAAUUUAAAAUUUAACAGGUGAGAAACAAACCUGUUCAUUUUUUAA